CUCAGCGGGCCGGCGCAAGAGCAGCAACCCUGAGCCAAUUAGCGGUGGCCGGGCUCGUGCUGUACUGUCGUUGCUCGCUUCCGGGUGGUCUUUCAUGUCUUCUACUGGCACGGGAGGUCUCUAGCCUGGUACUAUGGAGGAAGAGAAAGGCGACAACUUCAACAGUGUGAGCACCGACCGCUUGAAACAGCAGUUGCUGGAAGAAAUCCGCAAGAAGGAUGCAGUACAACUCUCAGUGUUUGAACUAAGACACAAGACAGCAGAACUGGAAGCCAAACUCAAUACUGACAAUGAAGGUAGUGAAUGGAAAACCCGUUAUGAGACACAACUUGAAUUAAAUGAUCAACUAGAAAAGCAAAUUGUUUCUCUCAAGGAGAAAAUAGAAAAAAUCCAUGGAAACUCUUCAGAUAGACUAUCUUCUAUUCGUGUCUAUGAACAAAUGCCAGUGGAAUCCUUAAACACAUUACUUAAACAGCUAGAAAAAGAGAAGAGGACUCUUGAAAGUCAAGUGAAAUACUAUGCAUUUAAACUUGAACAAGAAUCAAAGGCUUACCACAGGAUCGACAAUAAAUGCCGUACAUACCUAGCUGAAGUGUCUCAGGGUUCUAGUUUACAUCAAGUUUCUAAAAGGCAACAGAUGGAUCAACUGCCUAGGAUGCAAGAGAAUUCAGUGAAAACGGGAAGAUAUAAUCCAGCUAAUCAGAAGAUAGUGAGUGCCAAGAGAGGACCAGUAAAAAAGAUUACAAGAUCAAACCAUCUUCCAGAACUCUAUCCGUGAUUCCAGAACUGGGUGGAUUUCUAUUUCUUCCUUUUUUUCCCCCCCAUCUAUAAUAUUCAACGUGUGAAGUUAAUAGUCAGCACAUUUCUUCAGGGAAUAAAAUAGAUAAGAAAGAACAGCCAAAAUUUUCUUUAGCUCCUCUUCCAGAAAUGUGUUUCUUUGUCUGCAUAAAAGUAAUUUUCUCCAGUGACCCUAAACUAUGUAAUAGAAGUGCUUGUGAGUUUUAAAAUAUCCUAGGAAAUCUGCAGGCUGGUAUAAUUACAGCUACUUUUAGUAAUAGACCCAUGAUCAACUCUGAUAGUAACAUUGGUAUCCUAUUUGGUUUCGGUUGGCUGUUAGCUAAAAGUGUGUAUUCAUAAAACCUUUUUGCCAUUUUGGGCUGCAUCUUGCUCAGUUUUUUAAAUCACAGGUUUAAACAAAGCCGA